AUGACGAAGAUAAAAGACAAAUUUUGGGAAUAUGCAGAGAAACUGAAUAACCGUUUCAAAUGUAAGUACUGCAAAAGAGAUUUUACUGGAGGAAUAACAAGAGUGAAGUCUUAUUUAUCAUGUAUUAAAGGCCGUGACAUUGCUGUUUGUGCACAAGUACCUGAGGAAGUACAAGCAUUAGCUGUUAUUGCAGUUGGGGAGACCGGUGUUACUGUUAGUGGAAAUAAAAGAGAUAGAUCAUCUACUGAGAGAGUUGGGGAGAGCAGUGUUAGUACACCAGGGUUUAUUGAGAUGAUUAAGGCUGUCUCGGACUAUGGUAUUGGAUAUUUAUUACCUAGUUAUUCUACUCUUCGAACCAAAUUGGUUGUCAAUACUAAAGCAGAUGUGGAACGUUACGUAAAUGAAGUCAAAGAAUCUUGGAGUUUAACUGGAUGCACUAUCAUGUCAGAUAUAUGGACAGAUAUGAAGAAACAAUCGUUUAUAAAUGUGGUUGCUUACUCACCAAAAGGGAAAGUAUUCUUAAAAUCAGUUGAAAGAUCCGGAGAGCCGAACACAGGUUUAUUUAUAAGGGAGGUACUUUUAUCAGUUAUUGAAGAUAUUGGUGUUGAAAAUGUAGUGCAAAUUGUGACCGACAAUGCUUCAAACUAUGGACUUGCUUGCAACCUGAUCAUGGAAGAGUAUUCCCACAUAAUCAAAUCAAAGUGUGCUGCUCAUGGAGUUCAAUAG